AUGGACUCGAAACGCCGCAAGACCGGCGACCAAGACGUCAGCGCGUUGAGGCUGGCGUCGCGCCAGAAAUAUCUCGCCGAACGAGAAGCGCAACAACUCGCCCUACUUCGCCGCCAGGUCGCAGAAGAAGCAGAAGAGGAGGAGAGACUGGGGAAUAGACUGAGCGCGAAAGAAAAAAAGGAGUUCGAAACUAAUCGGAAAACUCUGGAGUUGGCGGAGGCGCGUAAUGCUAUCGACGACAAUAUCGACGGCAGGUUCUUCAUUCCCGAUGCAGAUUACUCGAAUAAGCAUGAGGCUCUUACCAAGCGACAUAAAGACAAGGGUUACGAGAAGAGUGAGGUUCAGCUAUGGGAGGAGGAGCAGAUGAGAAAGAUCAAGAGUCAGCCUAAGGCGGAACGCGUCGUCCAAGAGGAUUACGAGUAUGUCUUCGACGAAUCGGCGAAUGUAUUCGAUGCCAGCAAAAUCGAUCUGGGGUCGCUCGACAUGGCAAAGCAAAGGCUUCAAUCAACGCUAGACGAGGCAGAGGCUGCCGCGAAGUCCAUUCAGGAAGUCAGACAAAGUUUGCCGGUAUACAAAUACAAGGACGAGUUCAUUAAUGCCGUCGCCAACCAUCAGAUCCUUGUCCUGGUUGGUUCAACUGGUAGUGGCAAGACGACCCAACUGACACAGUACCUCCUCGACGCCGGAUACGCGAAGACCGGCCGCAUAGCUUGUACUCAGCCUCGACGUGUGGCGGCAAUGUCAGUUGCAAAGCGUGUCGCGACGGAGUAUGGAUGUAAGGUUGGCAGAGAAGUGGGCUACUCCGUGCGUUUCGAAAAUGCUAUGUCGGACGUGACCAAGAUUGAGUACAUGACAGAUGGUCUUCUGCUCCGUCAAUGUCUUGGGUCAGUAUUGCUCGAAGACUACUCUGCUGUCAUCAUCGACGAGGCUCACGAGAGGACGCUCAGCACGGAAGUCUUGAUGGCUCUUCUGAAGGACGUAUGUGCCGUCAGACCAGAGUUCAGGCUCAUCAUCGCCUCUGCCACAAUGAACGCUACAGAGUUCUCGGACUACUUCGGAAACUGUCCCGUGCUAAACGUCCCCGGUAAGCUCUUCCCUAUCACCAAACAUCAUGUCAGUGCCCCCGAGGCAAACUACGUUGCGGCAAGCGUCAGCACCGUUUUUCAAUUGCAUCUCGCAGCGCCGCCUGGUGACAUCCUGGUCUUCCUUACUGGCGAGGACGAGAUCCUUCUCGCUCAAGAACAGAUCGAAUCGACUAUGCGUAAGCUCGGAAAUAGAGCACCGCCACUGAUCGUCGCCCCUGUUUACGGUGCACUCCCAUCCGAAUCUCAGCAGCUUAUCUUCGCUGAACCUCCGAAAGGCACUCGAAAAGUGGUCCUGGCUACAAACAUUGCAGAGACAAGUCUGACUAUAGAUGGCAUCACUAUGGUCAUUGACUGUGGCCUUCAAAAGAGUUUGGAAUACAACCCACGCUCGUUCAUGAGCUCUUUAGUUGUUGAACCAUGCAGUCAAGCUAGCUGUGAGCAAAGGGCAGGGAGAGCUGGACGUACUCAAGCUGGUAUGGCUUUCCGCCUUUUUACCCGGCACGCGUUUUACAACGAAUUACCAACCUCGACGCCGCCCGAGAUCCUCAGGGCGAAUUUAGACUCUGUGUACCUUUUGUUGAAAAGCAUGGGAAUAAACGACGUACUGUCUUUCGAUUUCAUGGCUAAACCCCCUGUCGAAUCGAUUGCGGCGUCUUUGGAGAAUCUCUACGCUCUCGGAUACAUCCAGCAGGAGGGUAUCGUGACCAAGAUGGGUAGGCGCGCCACCGAACUACCCCUGGAUCCUCGACUGGCCAAGGUUCUUCUCGCAGCCGACGAACUGGGCUGUGUAGAUGAGGCGAUUACAUUGGUCGCCAUGAUACAAGAAGCAGGAACUCUCUUCUUCUCCCCCAAAGACAAGAAGGCUGCUGCGGAUAUAGCGCGCCAGCAUUUCUCUAGCACAGAAGGGGGAGACCUCAUCACUCUUUUGAAAGUAUGGGACGAAUUUGUUGAAAACGAAUAUAGCAUGCUUUGGUGCAAGGAGAACUUCAUCCAGUAUCGCAGUCUGAACAGGAUACGGGAUGUUAGAGACCAGCUCCAUAAGCUUUGUGACCGGGUGGAGAUCGCACCUUCCAGUUGUGGUAUACAAGAUCACGUCAAGAUCCUGAAGAGCUUCUGUGCUGGCUUUUUCGCAAAUGCCGCAGUUCUGAACAAGGAUGGGAUGAGCUACCGCAGCCUGAGAGGAGGGCUAUCCAUCCACAUCCACCCCUCUUCUUGCCUUAGCAAGACACGACCGAAGUUGAUCAUCUACGCCGAGCUCGUAUUGACAUCCAAAGAAUGGGCCAGGAACGUCGCACCUAUCGAGCCGGACUGGUUGGUGGAAGCAGCACCGCACUAUCAUAAGAAGAGCGACAUCGACGACUUGGGUGUGGGAAAGAAGCUGAGCAAGGGCCAAGGGAAGGUGGGCACUGGGCGCUGA